UUUUUUUUUUUGCAAACUUUGGACAUCUGUAGAAAAGUGAUUAUUUAAGUUUUAUAUAUAAUACAAUACACGUUAAACAACUCAGGAAUUAACGCGGCCAAUACUAAACCUAAGUUAAUGUCAUGAACGAUAGUUUCGAAAGUAAUAGCAGCCAAGGGACUGCGGAUACACCUCUCCCUUUACCGCAUAUACCGAUAGUGACAUCAGUCGGUUGCUGUCUCAUACUUUCCGUCAUAUAUGUAGCCAGUUUAUAUGUUUGGAAUACCAAACAUAAUCGGGAUCACCCGUCGACGGUUAAGCGACGUUUUGUCAGCGUUAUCAUCGUUAUGCUGAUAGCGCCAUUUUUCGUAUAUAAAUUUUCUUCAAGAGAGCUACUGGAGCGCGCCACAUUUGCAGAAAUAUUGGGUUUGAGAUGGCAGGGACUAUUUCUGGCCAUUACAAUACCGUAUUUGCUGACAAUGCUUUUAUUUUUGGGUCCACUGUGCGUACAGAUGCAAAAUGAGUCUUUAAAAAUAUUUAUGGAUACUGAGUUUUGGAUUGGUUCAUUUAAAAAUAUACUCUGGAUACGCAACCAUGUUAUGGCGCCAAUCAGUGAAGAAUUCGUUUUCCGCGCUUGUAUGAUGCCAUUAAUUCUGCAGAGUUUUUCACCCUUGACAGCUGUGUUCAUUACACCGCUUUUCUUUGGCACUGCGCACAUACACCAUAUUGGCGAACGCCUCAGUUUGGGUAUGGAAUUGAAAACUGCCUUAGUGAUAUCAUGCUUUCAGUUAACUUACACCACAGUCUUUGGUUUCUACUCCGCAUUUCUCUUUGCGCGCACCGGUCAUUUUGUCGCACCAUUCCUUGUGCAUGCAUUUUGUAAUCAUAUGGGCUUGCCUGAUGUCCAAGAGCUGUGGCAACAACAUAUAGUACGUCGUAUUAUACUUAUUUUAUGCUACAUUAUUGGUUUUGUUGGUUGGAUUAUAUUACUGCCAAUCGCCACACAGCCUUCACUAUAUUCUAACAAUUUGUAUUGGAAUAAUUAAAAUAUUGAACAAAAGUAGCAACAAUUGAAAUUACAUUAGUACACAAAUAUUGAAAAUGAUCAAUAUUCAUUAAGCAUAAUGUUUUAUAUGAGUAACUACGAAAUUAAAAUAUGUUUCAUACAUACAUA